AGUGCCAUGAAUACACUGAUAAUUUUACGUAACCACCUUCAAAAUCAUCAAAAUUACGUAGGUACCUAAGUAAUUGAAACGUGAAACGAAUACGGAGGUCCAACUUUGAAGGUUCAAUUUGAAACGAACGACUACAACAGCUACAUAAUGAUUCGAUUAUUCAGGACAAUUUUUUGGAAUCAUUUGAUUAUUCAAGCGAUCAUAAUACGCGAUAUUUUCUGCUUGGAAUUGGAAAUCCCCUCAACGAAUCACUUUCAGAAUACAAUAGACACAGCUCAUUCUCACCCUAAUGAGACACAUUUCACUCACGGAACAUUUGCAAGAGAAGAAGACAACAUUCUCCCUCAAGAAGUACAAACUGCUUCAGUCAUCUUUCUUCAUGGAUUAGGGGGAACAGGAAAGAGAACAAAAGAAGCAGUGCUAUUCUUAAAACGUGAUCAUAAGUUUCGACACAUAAAAAUGGUAUUCCCAACUGCUCCACUCAUUCCAUACACUCCAGAAAAUGGGAACCUAAGCAGAGCUUGGUUCGAUAAAACACAUACAGAUAGUUUCAGUCCAGAAGAUCCAAAUACGCUUCAAAAAACCAUGAAAGAUGUGAAAGAACUAAUACAAAACGAAAUGGAGAUCGGAAUUCCACUAACUCGAAUUAUUAUAGGCGGAUUCUCUCAAGGUGGAGCGAUGGCGUUGAACGUUGCUUAUCGAAACUUUUCCGAAAAUUCACCGAAUUUCGCUGGAGUGUUCGCGUUAGGAGCAUAUCUUCACGGAAACUCAUCACUAUACGAAGAACUUAAAGGCAAGCGCCUGAACAGUAACAGAGCACCGCUACUAUUCUACAGCCACGGGAAAAAAGACAAAAAAGUACUAUACGAAUGGGGAAUCGAAACUUUUGAACGAUUAAAAUCGUUCGGAAUUCAAGGAGAAUUCAGAACUCUUGGGAAAGUUGAACAUAGAAUCAGUACGAAAGGACUUGAUCAGCUUUUUGAGUGGUUGGAACGUACGUUACCGUAGAAUAAUUCUACUCCGAAAUAAAACAAACGUCAACUAAAUUCGAAUAAAUCUAACAAUUACUUGAAAAUUCAUUUAAUUAAACCUUACAUUACAAUUUUUAAAUGCUAAAAGUGCUAAAACCAGAUAGUCUGCAGCAAGCAGCAUAUAUGAUUCAUUUUCAUACUCAGCAUAAAUUAUAGAUUGGCAUACCAACCUUUG